AUGGAUACUUCAUAUUUCUGUUAUCGAGACUACUACAUCUUGCUUCUAGUUCUAUUUUAUUCAUCUAUGCUUGAUUUAGCUUCAAGUACGUACAUUUUUAGUGAUGCAAGAGGCAUCAAAACCGAUAGUAACCUGAAACGUUUUCUCUCUAAUUCUAAUCAUCAACAUGGCAAGGAAAAUAAACAAUGUAUAAGUCUAGAAGCAGAUAUGGAGAUGAUGAGAGUUUCAUGUGAUGAAUCUAAAGAUAUUAUUACAAAGAUCAAUUUCGCUGAUUAUGGCAAUCCUACCGAUUGUGAAGACAAUAAAGAUAGUAGACACGGAAAGUGCGGUGCACCAGCUACCUUGAGGCUCGUCAAAAAGAAUUGUCUUGGAAAACACAUGUGUUACAUUCGUAUUUCGGACGAGAUGUUUGGUCCGAGUCACUGCAAGAAAGAUAUUAAACUCACUGUUGAAUACACGUGCACAAAAGCUUAG